AUGGGCGGGCACUCGGAGCCGGCGCACGCGGUCCCGCGGGAGUUCCAGCUGGAUCUGGAUGAGAUUGAGAACGACAACGGGACUGUCAGGUGUGAGAUGCCAGCACUCGUCCAGCACAAGCUCGAUGACAUCUUUGAGCCUGUCCUCAUUCCUGAGCCCAAAAUCCGUGCUGUGUCCCCUCACUUUGAUGACCUGCACAGUAACACAGCUUCUACUAUCAACUUUGUCAUCUCCCAAGUAGCCAGUGGUGAUAUAAACACCAGCAUCCAGGCUCUGGCACAGAUUGAUGAGGUUCUCAGACAGGAAGACAAAGCAGAAGCCAUGUCUGGCCACAUCGACCAGUUCCUAAUCGCGACGUUCAUGCAGCUCCGGCUCAUCUACAACACACACAUGGCAGAUGAGAAGCUGGACAAAGAUGAGAUAGUCAAACUCUACAGCUGCAUUAUUGGGAGCAUGAUCUCGCUAUUUCAGAUAGAGAGUCUGGCCCGAGAGGCCUCCACUGGUGUGCUGAAGGACCUAAUGCAUGGUCUCAUCACAUUAAUGCUGGAUUCUCGGGUUGAAGACCUUGAGGAGGGAGAGCAGGUCAUCCGAUCAGUCAACCUCUUGGUAGUGAAAGUUCUGGAAAAGUCUGACCAGACCAACAUCUUGAGUGCUCUGCUUGUUUUGCUCCAAGACAGUCUGCUAGCAACAGCCAGCCAGUCUCCUAAGUUUUCAGAACUUGUCAUGAAGUGUCUGUGGAGGAUGGUGCGUCUUCUACCCGAAACCAUCAACAGCAUCAAUCUGGAUAGAAUCCUGCUGGAUAUUCACAUUUUCAUGAAGGUCUUUCCCAAAGAGAAGCUGAAGCAAUGUAAGAGUGAGUUUCCUAUAAGGACACUGAAGACUCUGCUUCACACCUUGUGCAAGCUGAAAGGGCCCAAGAUCUUAGAUCAUUUAACAAUGAUUGACAACAAAAAUGAGUCUGAGCUGGAGGCUCACCUCUGUAGAGUAAUGAAACACUCCAUGGACCAGACUGGAAGCAAGGCUGAUAAGGAUACUGAAAAGGGAGCUUCUCGUAUAGAGGAAAAGGCUUCGAAGGCCAAAGUUAAUGAUAUUUUGGCAGAAAUAUUUAAGAAGAUUGGCUCCAAGGAGAAUACUAAGGAGGGUCUGGCAGAGCUGUAUGAAUACAAAAAGAAAUAUUCUGAUGCAGACAUUGAGCCCUUCCUGAAAAACUCCUCUCAGUUCUUCCAGAGCUACGUGGAAAGAGGCCUCCGGCUGAUAGAAACGGAGCGGGAGGGGAAAGGACGAAUUGCUGCUUCUACAGGAAUAUCUCCUCAGAUGGAAGGAACGUGUGUUCCUGCUUCUACCCACACUGUGUCUUCAUCCAUAGGAAACACAAAUGGGGAAGAAGUGGGGCCUUCAGUGUACUUGGAAAGAUUAAAAAUCCUCAGGCAGCGUUGUGGCCUUGACAAUGCAAAGCAGGAAGACAGACCACCUCUGACAUCCCUGCUCUCUAAACCAGCACUCCCUACAGUUGCAUCCUCUACAGAUAUGCUUCACAGUAAGCUCUCCCAGCUCCGUGAGUCACGGGAGCAGUACCAACAUCUGGACCUGGACUCCAAUCAGACUCAUUCUUCUGGCAUUGGAACUACCCUGGCUUCACCUUCCUCUGCAGCAGCUAACAUUGAUGACUUGAAAAAAAGAUUGGAGAGAAUAAAAAGCAGUCGCAAAUAGAGAUGGGAGAGAGACAGCGUUGCUGUUGCUGGGGCUGUCUUCAUCUUUAGUUUACUAAACUAGCAAUCUUCAUAGUUAAAUGGCCUCAUUUAGGCCUAAUGUAUACAAACUGGUUUAUGUAUAAUACAGUGGAUUUUGGGGGGGUUGAGUCAUUGUGGCACAAGUAUUUGUACAUACUCUGCUUCUCAGUGAGCAUCUCUUUGACAAUAGAAGGCUGUCUGUGUAUUAGUUUUAGUGUACAGACCUGUAAACAACCAUCCUCUUGCUCAGACUAGUUUCUCAUAACUUGUUUUUUUAUUUGUAAAAUUGUCCUUAAGAUCUUUUCCUAGUUCUUAACUCUUAGACCUUUAGCGAUUUCACUUUUAAUUUUGUGGAUUCUUCUCCAUGUAAUCCUUGAACUGUUGAUUCUGUAUGGACACAUGGCAUGAAGUAACUAAUUUAAGUGUCUUUUGUAAAUAAAGUUUGCAUUAACUAUA